UAUUUAAUUCAUUCGAAACCAAACAUUAUAACCAAAGAAAGCUGGCAAAAUCCGCAACAAAUGCAUGUGGGCUUCAAAAUAUUGUGUUAAGAGAAGCAAACUAGCUUUUUAUUUAAUUAAAUGUAAAAUGUCAAGUGCCAAGAAAGUACAGAAACCUAUUGUGAUUGUUACUGGCAAUAAAAACAAACUAUCUGAAUUUAAACAAAUACUUGGAGAUGAUUUUCCAUGUGAGGUUGUCAGUCAGGAUGUAGAUUUACCUGAAUAUCAAGGUGAACCAGAGGACAUUGCCCGCAGCAAGUGUGAGCUGGCCGCCCAAACCAUCAAAGGACCCUGUCUCACUGAGGACACCAGUCUGUGUUUCAACGCCCUCGGAGGCAUGCCUGGCCCGUACAUCAAAUGGUUCUUGAAGAAUCUUGGACCAGCAGGUCUACACAAGAUGUUGACAGGAUUUGAGGACAAGACUGCUGAAGCUGUGUGCAUAUUUGCGUAUUCCUCAGGUGAACCCAACUCAGAUAUCCAGCUGUUUGUGGGUAGAACCCCGGGAACAAUAGUUGAACCCAGGGGACCAACAAACUUUGGGUGGGACCCUUGUUUUCAACCUGACGGCUUCUAUCAGACAUACGCUGAGAUGUCGAAGGAUCAGAAGAACACAAUCUCACACAGGGGCAAGGCAGUGCAGGCAUUUAAAGACUUCAUAAUGAAACAGACUGGUCCUGGAGACAGGAAAUGAUCCAUGUGUUUGUGUAUCCACAAAUUGCGCAACUGUAUUGUUUUAACAUGUAUCAGUUGUUUUAAAAUAAUUUGAAAAGAAAGAUUACGAUUUCAUUGUAUAUAUAAAAAACAAGAAAUCAAAAGUCUUGAUAGCUCUUUGUUUUUCUUAAAUUUAGUAAUGAAAAUUAAUUACUGGUAAGUCAGAUGCUCAAUAUAAAAAUCUUUAACGUCAAGUAUACGUUGCAUUUGUAUUUAUUAAAUCUAUGUAUAUAUAUCUGAAAUUCAUUAUUUUAUUGACUCCUGUACAUUGUGACUUAAUGUUUUUAAUGAAAAGGGGAAGGUGUCGUCUGUGUCUGUUGCCUGUGACUACACAUGCAAAUCUGGGAUGAUACUCGAGCAAUUGUUGGAUGUUGUUAGCGAUUUCAAAGGGUGUUAAUUUGCUCCUCAUUAAGGCAAAAUACAUCAAUUUUCUGUAAAAAACUUCUCCAUACCACAAAUUAUAAAAGUCAUCAGGUUUC